AAUUAUCAUUUUCUAUCCAUGCACUAUGGGUUUAUUUCUUCAAAUAGUUGCUUUUAUGGCAAUAAUUCUAACAGGUCAUUGUGAAGACGGUUAUUCUUCGAAAUUAGAGAAAAUUGAUAUCGAUGCCAUAAUUAAAAAUGAUAGACUUCUUCAAAACCAUUUUGGUUGCAUACUUCAGGGAAGAGGUUGCACACCAGAAGCGGACGAACUGAAAAGACACAUUCCUGAAAUCAUGGAAACGUGUUGCGAGAAAUGUUCAGAUAAACAUAAGGAAGAUGCUAAAAAGAUGUCCCUUUUUUUGAUUGACAACAAACCAGAAUAUGUCAAGAGUAUGUUAGAUAAAUAUGAUCCAAUAAGGGAGUAUACCCAAAAAUGUGCCGAACAACUGAAGAAUGAAGGAGUAGAUUUGAGUUCUUUUUGAUAUAAUUUCCUCACAAAGUGUUGGAUUGAUAUUUUUCUUUCGAAAUGUGUGUUGAAACUUCAUAUUAUCAUGUUUUUGAAAAAUGUUUGCAGAUAAAUUAAAGACAAGAAUUAA